GGCCGGGCUGGGGGGCGGCCCCGCGGCUAUCCGGGAUGUCGGGCUGGCUCCUGGUGACGUAGCGCCGCGGGAAGGGCCGCGCGACACUACCGGUCGCUGUCGCCGUUCCCCCUCCCCCGCGGACCGGGCCGGGUUGGGCCCUUUCCACCUAUUUCCGUGUUCCCGGCUCCCGCUAUGGGCAGUACUGCGGCGACGGGAGCGGGCAGGGCGCCGUGCAGUACCGGGUCCGCCGUUGGGCAUGUGCCAGGCCUGGCCGCCGCGUGAGCGCCGCCGCUGGCACCGGCAGCAUUGUCCGCGGGCGAAGCCCAGGGCGGCGGGUGCCAUGAAUAGCAGUUGCGCGUCCCCCGCCGCCGCCGCCAGCCGCCGCCUGCAGAGCCGGGAUCGAUAGAAGUGGGGGCUGCGGACGCACUAUGGCCGGCACCGGCUACACGGACCUGCGGGAGAAGCUCAAGCACAUGAUGCCCUACCGGGACGGCCACAAAAGCAGCGGUGGCAGCCUCCCCCGAGAACCCCCUGAACCUCCCUAUGAUCGCAAACGGCGGCACCAAGAUUCCGGUUCUGAGCCCAGCGACUACGAGGAGCAGAAGGAGGAAGAAGAAGCUCGGAAAGUCAAAAGUGGCAUCCGCCAGCUUCGGCUCUUCAGCGCCGAGGAGUGCGCCAAGAUCGAAGCUCGCAUCGAGGACGUGGUGUCCCGGGCGGAAAAGGGGCUCUACAGGGAGCACACCGUGGAUCGGGCCCCGCUGCGGAACAAGUAUUUUUUCGGGGAGGGUUACACCUAUGGGUCUCAACUGCAGCGACGAGGCCCCGGCCAGGAGCGCCUUUACCCGCGGGGAGAAGUGGAUGCCAUCCCCGAGUGGGUGCACGACUUGGUGAUCAGGAAGCUGGUGGAGCACCGGGUGAUUCCCGAGGGCUUUGUGAACAGUGCCGUCAUCAACGACUACCAGCCGGGGGGCUGCAUUGUCUCCCACGUGGACCCCAUCCAUAUCUUUGAGAGGCCCAUCGUCUCCGUCUCCUUCUUCAGCGACUCGGCGCUCUGCUUCGGGUGUAAAUUCCAGUUCAAGCCCAUCCGAGUUUCCGAGCCCGUGCUCUUCCUGCCCGUCAAGAGGGGAAGCGUCACAGUGCUCAGUGGGUAUGCAGCUGAUGAAAUUACACACUGCAUCCGACCACAGGACAUCAAGGAGAGAAGAGCUGUCAUCAUCCUUCGAAAAACAAGACUAGAUGCACCUCGAUUGGAAACAAAAUCCUUGAGUAGCUCAGUGUUGCCACCAGGUUAUAACUCUGACCGUCUGUCGGGAAGCAACCGGGACCAGAUCCUGAAACCAAAGCGGUCCCAUCGCAAAGCAGAUCCUGAUGCUGCUCACAGGCCACGGAUUCUAGAGAUGGAUAAAGAGGAGAACAGGCGCUCAGUCCUCCUACCCAAACACAGGAGAAGGAGCAACUUCAGCUCGGAGAACUAUUGGCGAAGGUCUUACGAGUACACAGAGGACUGUGAUGAGGAAGAGGAAGAUGGCAGCCCAGCUAGGAAAGUUAAAAUGAGGCGACACUGAGGAUUGCACUUUGCAGGCUCGUGGAGCUGAUGAGAUUGGCUUCCAGUCUGUGAUAACUUUUUCUCCUCCCUCUGGCUAUCUUCCAUCUAGCUUCAGUUUUGGUUUUUCCUUUCAAGCCGAAGAGUAAACAGGAAGGCUGUAGUGAUUUGUUUUUGUGAAUGGAGGAAGGCUAGGACGGAACAUGUCCAGUGCACGUGGUGUCCUGAGUCAUGGGUCAAACGGGCAUCUCUCCCUUAGGAAGCAGAUCAAAGUUAUGCCAGGCUGUUGGUUGGGAUUUCUUUUGAAAACACCAAAAAAGUUUAGCUGUUUUGUUGCUCAAGAUUCAAGAAUUGGAUUUUUGGGUUUAGUUUGGUUGGGGGGGUUUUUGUUUUGGGAUUUUUUUUUUUUGGUUGGUUGGUUUGUUGUUUUUUGUUUUUUUUUUGCUUUAACUUUUUUCUUCCUUUUUCAAACGUUCUGAAUAUGAUGUUUGAACCCCAGGAGCUGAAACUUUCUCUGGUGGCCUCGUGGUUUGUUUGGUUUUGGUUUUUUUGCUUCACCAAAGGGCUCCUUGGUCUGCUCUUACCUAGUUGUUAUUGGGUUGUGUUGUAAAGGUGCCCUGCAGUAACUGGAAGUGUGAAGCUUUGCAGACCUCUCUUGCUGCGAUUGAUUUCAAAGGGUUUAGGAUGUUUUUGUUGCACUUUAGUUCCAGUCUUAAAUGCCAUAGGUUUCCUUUCCAGUCCCUCUUCCCAAGCCAGUCUGGGCUCACAGCCUCGUGUCUCUGUGCUGCCCUCUCCAAGAAGAAUGUAUUUGAGCUCUGGUUUCUCAGUGCUGGUCUGACCAUGGGGGAUAUUUGGGUUAUGGAAGGAAACGUCUCUGAGGCUGGCCUAGCAUAGACCCGAGGUCCGUACUGGAGCCCCUGGAGCUGCUGAGUGAGUGACCACAUUGAGUCCUUGCUGCUUCCCAGAGCUGGAGAUAGCAAAGGGGAAUAGGAGAGAUGCUGUGCUUAAGGAUUCUUGCCUUUGGACCCCCUGAGAAGAGCUCUCCUUCACUGCCUGGUGGACUGGCUUUCAGUCCCCUGCCUCUUUUACAUGGAGAGAGUUGAGAGGACGCAGCAUCCUGGUGCAACAUCCUAUCCUGAGGGACCUACUGUGUCCUGCAGGAGCAGGUUUUGCCCUGGGUUCAGAGAAGCCAGGCAGCUGGACUGUGGUCUGUCCCCUCCAAGGCUGGCUCUGGGAGUGAGGAUGCUGCAGGGGUCUAGUUUGGCCCCAGUUCCAAGUGCUGCAGCGUCCUCCUGGCUUGCUGCUGGUAUUCCUGGGGUAGGGAGUUUUCUGAUUGCUACAGAAAAUAAUUGAAGAUUGGGUAUUUGACCCCAUGGAGUUAGUGUUAGGAAGGCUUCCUACUUCUCUUCUCCCACCUGGUUUGCAUUAACCCGGACUGAAGCCUCACUGUUGUCAAAGACUGGGGCCCAACACCAUCUUUAGAACCACACUUUUAAGAACCUCCAGCUGAUUCUUUGAACACAAGUGUUGGCAGUUGUAAGGAGUAGUCUUAUUUUUCAAUUUUUACUGCUUUGGCCUCCCUCAAACUGUAGUUUUUCUUAGUGUUGUGUCCCCUUCCCCACACACUUCAUGGUCUGCACGCUUGGCAAUAAAAAGAUGUAAUAUAUUUUGAAA